AUGGAUCUGCUUUAUGGCUUAGAGUCCUGGAACUCAACUUCUGAUGAUUGCUGUCAGUGGAAAUACGUCGCUUGUGAUUAUUUGCAAAAGGUGACUGCUCUUGAUCUCUCCAAUAUCACUUUCUUCCAACCCUUUAAGACUCUUGUGACUUCUGAUGUUUUAACUCCACUUUUUCGCCUGCAAACACUCUCUUCACUUCACAUUUGUAAAAUUGACAUACAUGGUGAAAUCUCAGGAGUUGGGUUUGCCAAUUUAACUAACCUUGUUGAACUUUUCAUGGAUGAAAACAGCUUCAAUGGGUCCAUUCCUCCUCAGUUAUUUUCUUUGAGGCAUUUAGAGCGUCUUGAUUUGAGUGAGAAUUUGAUUGGUGGCACAUUAGACAACAAUUUAGGAGAUCUUUCCAACUUGAAGGAGUUAUCCUUGGAUAAUAACUUAAUCCAAGGAAAGAUUCCUUUGCAGAUUGGAAAUCUCACUAAUUUGGAAGCAUUGUCUCUAAGUCACAACAAAUUAUCUGGAGCAAUUCCUUUACAGAUUGGUAACCUAUCCAAUGUUUUAACUCUUUAUUUAAAUGACAACAAUUUGUCAGGACAGAUUCCUCCAUCCAUUCAAAAGAUGGAACAAUUGCAAAUUCUUGCUUUAGAAAAUAAUUUACUCUCUGGUGACAUCCCAACAUGGCUGCUUGAUUUCAAGAACAUGCAGGAAUUGUAUCUUGGGGGAAAUAAACUUUCCUUGGGAAAGAUUAUCAUCGUGCCAAGAAGCAAAUUUUUUGUAUUGUCUUUGAGAUCUUGCAAUCUUUCAGGUGAAAUUCCAUUUUGGCUUUCCACUCAGACCUUUCUUUUAUACCUGGACUUGAGUGAGAAUAACCUGGAAGGAAACUUCCCUAAAUGGCUAGCAGAAAGCGAUAUCUUAUAUUUGAUUUUAUCAUCUAACAAGCUUUCAGGUUCUCUGCCAUCUCGCUUAUUUCAGUUUCAAAGGUUAUACAUUCUUAUCCUUUCAAGUAAUAAUUUCUCAGGACCAUUGCCGGAUACUAUUGGUGAAGCCAUCGGAAUGAGAAUACUCAUGUUGUCAAAUAACAAUUUCUCUGGAUCACUGCCUGCGUCCAUCUCAAACAUGCUUAAGCUAGAGUUGCUGGAUUUGUCAAGCAACCAAUUUUCAAGCAAUGAGUUUCCAAUUUUUAAUCCAAAUUCCUCACUGGUUUAUGCUGAUUUUUCCUUCAACAAAUUCUUUGGCAACGUUCCUGUUACUUUCCCAUUGACUACAGAAGUGAUUCUAUUAAGCCAUAAUCAUUUUUCUGGUUUCUUGCCUCAGUGUCUCACAAAUUUUAGCCAUAUGAAGUACCUUGAUUUCCAUGACAAUAACAUCAUAGGUGAAAUCCCAGUGUUUUUGACCGAGAUCUCUUCUCUUCACAUACUGAAUCUCAGAAAUAAUUUUCUCAAUGGGUCUAUUCCAAUUAACUUGUCAAGUCUUAGUGCUCUACAAAUACUUGAUCUCUCCAUUAACAACCUUGAUGGAAAAAUCCCACCUAGUCUAGGAAAUCUUACUGGAAUGAUUAAUGAUCAUGAUGAUUCCUCAUCAAGUAUCUUCAGUCAAAUUCCCUUCCCUUCCUUCUGGUUGCAAGAGAACCGUAAAUUAAAUGAUUUUAAGGGCUCCUGGCAAUUACAUGAUUUGGAAGUGUUUUGGAAGAAGUUGAAGCAAGGUUUACCUAGCCAACACCUUCAGAUGUAUACAUUUUUAGACCUAUCAAGCAACCAGUUAUCAGGAGAAAUUCCUGAUUGUUUAGGUGUUAUGAAAAAUUUGAAGUCAUUUAACUUAUCCAACAACAAACUCUCUGGAAAGAUACCAAUGAGUUUUGGUGAUUUGCAAAGCUUAGAGAGCCUGGAUUUAUCCCACAACAAUCUCAAUGGUGAAAUUCCUCAGACAUUGGCAAAGUUGUUGCAGCUUAGUUACUUGGACUUGAGUAACAAUAAAUUGGUAGGUCACAUCCCAAGCGGUCCUCAAAUGGAUAGGUUGAAUGAUCCAAAUUCAUACACCAACAACAGUGGAUUGUGUGGAUUGCAAAUCCAGAUACCAUGUGAGAGUGAGAAGUUCACACCUAAAACAAAGCAAAAACAGGGAAAGCCAAAGAAGAGAAAGAGUUGGGAGACAUGGUUUUCAUGGGGAAUGGCAGUGAUUGGAUAUUCUUCAGGAUUUUUUUCUACAAUUUUGGUUAUGUAUGUCAUCGGCUACUUCAAUGCUGCACCAUUGCAAGGUCGUAGACGCCACAUCAGACAUAAUACUCUUUUUUGUUUUUAA